AGGUUGGAUCAAGUAGAAAAAGCGCAGCCAGGUAUGACCCGGCCGGUGCAGCGACUUCCUCUCCUGAAACAGGGAAAGCGAGAGAAUGACAAGAAAUUCUUGGCCAGAGUGUACGACACUACUCAGAUGGUAAUUCACGAGGUUGCCUUUGAGGAAAAGUUUAAGGUGGAGGUUGAGCGUGACAAGGAAGGCAAGGUGAAAAUGGUAAACCGGUGGGAGGACACGGACCCAAUCUUGUCAGAGAAGCAGCAGAAGAUUCAGGAGAAGAGAAAAGAGAAGAAAAGACAGCGGAAUAAG